AUGUGGUCUCUAUGGACUAGCAGGAAUAAUUUCAUCUUUCAAAAUUUAAAAGAGGCUCAUGUUACUGUUAUAGAAAGAGCCAGGGCCAUGCUUCUAACUAGGAAACCAUAUUUUAUUGUCUCACCUACUACCCCUGUCAAUCUAUGUGAUAAAUGGAUGCCCCCAUAUUUUGGAUGGAUAAAGUGUAAUACUGAUGGUGCUUAUGAUGACAUUACUGGAGCUAAUGGUGCAGGAUAUGUGAUAAGGGAUUUCUCAAAAAAAGCCUCCCUUUGCCCUUCCCUGGUUUUUGACGUAAUGUCUGCAGAAGAAGCUGAAGCCAGAGCUAUUUGGGCAAUCUUGAAGAAAGCCUGCGAACAGAAGUUAACACACAUCAUUAUUGAAAGUGAUGUGAAGAAUCUCAUUGAACAAUUUUCAGCUGGCUUGUUUGAUGGAGAUGUUCGUACGGAUGCUAUUUUUAAAGACAUUCAGUUAUUUUCUUCUAAAUUAGUAGCUCGUAUCUUUAAUUUUCAACCUCGUAUUUGUAAUUCUGUAGUCCAUGAGUUAGCUCAAUGGGCAAAAACAAACAAAAUUCCAUGUACUAGUCUGUACCUCCUGUUUGGUUACUACUAG